AUGAGAACCCUGUGGCCUCUGCUGUUGAUUCUCGCCGAGAUCCUCCAGCUGAUCCUCGGGGAGCACGCGUGUCACAGUAAUGACACCGAGCUAACAGCCUUCUCUGGCCAAAGGUCAACGAAGAUCCUGUCCAGACGUAGGCGGCUGACUUUUCCAAAGGGCAGCACGUUCGUGCUGACAACGUCUAUUUUGCAACCGGUUCAACUGAAGCUUCCCAGCAACUGGAAUAUGGACUUCGAGUUCGACAUGAUCUGGCCGAUACUUCCUCCAGAGAACUUCCGGAAGAAAUUCUAUGUAAAAAGGCCGUGGCUGGUGAAACGACGUCAUCGUCGCGACUUAUACGCCACUUUUGAGUCAGCGUUGAAUAGUCGGAACUUGCCAGGAAGAUUGUGCAUCUUGAGGACCAUCUGCGAAGCGAAAACGCUGUUGAGUCCGCCCGGCGUGUCGUUCAUCGAGGACGCUAUUCGAUUGAUACUGAGCAACGUGGAGAACGUGAAGAAGGAGGAAGAGGACUCGUACGACGUUGCUUACAGAAAUAACGCGCCAUGUGAGGAUGCUUAUCCUUGCCCUGUUUCCUUCUUAAGAUUGCUACUCUAUAAUGUGUAUCCUGAUGGUUUAAGCUGA